UGUGUCCUGACCUUUAGCGCGUCAGUUCCGGGUCGACCUUCAAGUGUUUCCGGGUCAGUGGUGGCAGUGUCCAGGGAAACGGCGAAACCGGAGUCAGGCCUCGGCCCGGGGAGAGGGAGCGGAGCUGGGAGAGUUGGCCCGGAGAGAGAGAGAGGGAGCGGAAGCGGAGCGGGGAGAGUCGGCCCGAGGGUGUGGGAUAGGCAGGGGAAACCCUGACUCGAGGCCCCGGGGAAAGCCGGUUCGGGCCGGGCUCUGACGGACCGAGCACGGGCUCCAUGAACACAGAGCGGCGCCCGGCGCGGCGGACUGAUGUGGGGGAGGUGCACCCAGGGCCGGCCAUGAACCGCCCGCUGUCUACCGCCCACCGGCCCAGCCGCGGGAGCACAGGGAUGGGCAGCAGCCGAAGUCCCGGCCCUAGCUCGGGCCUGGGCCUGAACUCGCUGUUCCAGCAGCCCCUGAGCCGGCAGCAGCUGAAGCGCCUGGAGGAGCACCGGUACCGGAGCGCCGGCUCCUCGCUCCUUGAGCCCCUCAUGCAGGCCUGGUGGGAGUGGCUGGUCCGCCGCCUCCCGCUCUGGGUGGCUCCUAAUCUCAUCACCAUUACCGGCCUGGCUCUCAAUGUCUGCACUACACUCAUCCUCAUGGUGUACUGCCCGACUGCUACUGAACAGGCACCUCUGUGGGCAUACUUGGCCUGUGCUUUGGGUCUUUUCAUCUACCAGUCCCUUGAUGCUAUAGAUGGGAAGCAGGCGAGAAGAACCAAUAGCAGUAGUCCUCUUGGAGAAUUGUUUGACCAUGGCUGUGAUUCACUUUCUACAGUCUUUGUGGUCCUGGGGAUCUGCAUCGCUGUGCAGCUGGGAACAAACCCAGAUUGGAUGUUCUUCUGCUGCUUUGCUGGGGUCUUCAUGUUCUACUGUGCACAUUGGCAGACAUAUGUUUCUGGGACACUGCGCUUUGGAAUAAUUGAUGUGACUGAAGUGCAAAUCUUCAUAAUUAUCCUGUUUUUAUUGGCUGCGAGUGGAGGAACUGCGUUUUGGGAAUCUAUGAUCCCAGUGCUGGAAAUUCAAGUUAAAAUUGUGCCUGCUCUCCUUGUGGUAGCAGGUGGAAUCUUCUCCUGCACUAACUACUUCACUGUCAUCUUCACUGGCGGCGUUGGCAAGAACGGCUCCACCAUAGCUGGUACAAGUGUGCUGUCACCAUUCCUGCACAUAGGGGCAGUUAUAACACUGGCAUUGAUGAUCUACAAGAAAUCUACCAGCCGGCUCUUUGAGAAUAAUCCCUGCCUGUACAUCCUUGCGUUUGGCUUCGUCUCUGCAAAAAUAACCAAUAAAUUAGUGGUAGCUCAUAUGACAAAAAGUGAGAUGCACUUGCAGGACACAGCUUUCGUUGGGCCGGGGCUCCUCUUCUUGGACCAGUACUUCAACAGUUUUAUAAACGAGUACUUGGUGCUCUGGAUUGCUUUGGUCUGGUCUCUCUUUGACUUAAUCCGUUACUCAGUGGGUGUUUGCAAUCAGAUCGCUUCCCACCUUCACAUUAACAUCUUCAAAAUCAGCCCCCCUUCCUUCCCACCAGCCAACUCGCAGGAACAGAACCAUCACAAAUGACUUAACCAUUGUGCUUGAUGAGAGAGACUGCAGCACAUGAUUGAGGGAAUGUACAUAGAAAAAUAUGGAAUUGGGAGAAAAAGUGAACAAGUUAUUAAUUUAUCAUUCAAUCAUUGUGUGCACUAUUUUGUUUUAUUUCAGCCUCAGUUUCUGAAUUAAGCCUAACACUCCUAAUCUGUGAUGGGAAGGACUGACUUGCUACUGCAUACAUGUCUCCCUGUAACAUUGGCAGCUCGGAAACAAACACAAUGUGUAUCUCCUUUGUAUGGACCUGAACAAACAUGAGAUGCACUGUUGUGUUGUCUUUUCUUCAGGCCUUUUGUGGUCUGAUGAACUGUUGACUGUCCACAGGCCUGGUAUAAUGCUCGUGCUUUGGAAAUGAGCUUAAUUGCUUUCCUGGAACCUAACUAUAUCUCGGAAAAAUCAGAUAAGCCAUAUUGCAGGUGAGAACUGCAGAAAGAGAUUUUGUGCCAAGCUGGAAACUGACAGCAACUAUGAGGUAAUUGGGCUGUAGGAACAAGAGCUACAAAAAUCUGGUUUUAACUUGUACAGCCUUAACAGGGUCAACUUGAAAUUUAAAGGAUGCGAGUGAGGUACAAACGUCUGUUAUACCUGAGGAUUGAAUAGAUUUUGCAAUGCAUUGUUUGUAAUGUACGUCCCAAAUUCACCAGUAAAUUGUCUUUGAGGUGCUGCUGUUAACUGCUUCAACUGGACACGGGUGAGUGAUUGAAGGGAAGGGCCUAAUUUGGGCUGAAUUGGCACUUUAAGGAGCAGAAUCUUUGUAACAAGUUUACUUUUUCCACUGUGCUUUAUUGCUAUGUUUUCCACAAUCUAGGCUGUCCAUUUUCAGAAAAAUAAUGCUUUAAGUUUCAAAAAUUGUUGUCUGGAGGAUCCUGUAAUCGUUCUCCCUGCCUGAUAGAUUUGUUGCUCUCAACGUCUGUCUACAUCUUGCUAACUAGCGAUCAGAGCCGAAGCACUUUUCUGUUUUGAAGUUAGUUCUGCCAUUAAAAGAGUGAAUUCAUUACGUUCACAGAAGAGCCUGCACUGAGCAAUCUUAACUUUUGGGGAAUUCUUCAAAUAAAUCAAAUAUUCUCAUUCCUUGGAAGUAGAUUUGUAUUUUAACCCCUUCAACCAGUGUUUGUGGUUGUACUGAUUUUUUUUUUGUGGCUAAGUAUCACUGAACCUUGGACAAUAACUAGCUGCCAGUGGACACUGAGCAGACAUUUAUAAUAACCUGGCUCUCCAUCUGCUUAUCCCAAAUCUUGUAGAAUCAUUCUUCACGUCACUGUGCUUGAAUGAAGGAACUUUACUGUGUGUGAGAUGCUAGUAUUCCUGUAUUUAAAAAGUGACCCUCCAUGAUGUGAGAGUUUGUGGUAAGGAAGAUUUUAUCCAUCUGAACAUAAAAAUAAGCCUGUAAGACCUAACUUGUCAGAUGGAUAUAAUAAACCCUAAUGGUGUUUGACUAUCUAUUUGAAGGCAGUGUGCAGAUCUCAGUGCUGUGUCUCUGACACUUGCUGGUCUGGUAUGAAGAUAUGUGAUGACAAGCUGAAGCCUGCAGUGACAUUCCAGGGCAACGCCAGGCUUUCCAGCCAAUGAUAGGAAGAGGUAGCAGCUAAAAAGGGUUCAAGUAUUUAAUCAGUGAAAGCUUCAACAUUGCUUCUCACCGUCAUUACAUGGGCAACAAUGCACAACUCCUACAAGCUGGCAUGAGUAACUUGGUGCUUGCUUACCUCCAGAAUACUUCACACUUGUUUUGCUAAUGAAGUGUGAUCAGUUCUUAUGUCAGUUGUCUGGACUUGUUGCUGUAUACAAGGACAUUGCCACCUGUGGUUCUUUUCACAGCUAACAUUUUGUUUUCAACGGCAUUGGUGCUGAAGCUGACAGGUCUAGAGUAUUAACACUGUCAGAAGAAGCUGUGGGUUUAUGCCUAUACCAGCACAGAUCUUUGCUUGUAGGCUACAGUAUAGAGGAAAGAUGCAAUAAAGUUAACCUAUUUUUGCACGCACCUAUGCUCAUUAGGAGAUUUGCCAUAUACCUGCUGUUGUGCCCAUGUAUCAGGACAAGGAAAACUGGCAACAGCCAGAAGCAAAAUUACAUUGUAUCUCUGAUCUAAACAUGCCAUACUUUUUUGAUACCAGUGAGUUUUGGUUUCACUAGAAAAUGAUGUAAUUGCCUCAUGACUAUCAUACAGUAACUGUGGAGAACACAAGUUUGUUGUUCUUCUGGAUUUCCCUGUGGACGUUGAUCCAAACAGGUUUAACUUUUCCAGUAAGUACCUUCAGAGUUUAAACAAGAUGGCUAUAUUUUCUCAUGAAAUUAUUUUGAAUGUGCAUUUGCAAAGCAUAUACUUUUUGAGCUUUUUUUGAGCAUGUACUGUGAAUCGUACAGGACUGUGGCUGAUUAAUAGUACAAGCUAUUGCAUUAACCUGAAACUCUGAAGUUUUAAAUAACUUGAUUUGUCUUAGGUCUUUAAGAUUUUCUGUUAUAAUGUGAAUUAACAUCUUAAUACAAUCUACAUGCUGGGCACACAGCCAGUUCAUAUCAGUGAAAAGGUCCAAACUUUGCAAGAAAUUAACAUGAGUACAAUGUCCAUGGUACAUUUACAAUGGGUUGUUGUCUUGAUAUGACAUUGAACAGUUGCCAAGUAAGUAUUAUGACUGGAUUCCUGUCAGUGUUUUGUAAACCGUGUGUGCAAUGAGCCUGUGCCCUGAAUUGUUUAGAUGGGGAUACAAGGGUGGUGAAUCUCUCCCUUUAUAUAUGAGGACAGCAUAGGGUUCACUUUGAUUAGUUGUUAGUGAUGAAACUGCACUUCUAACAUCACAAACCCAGCCACAGCCUUGUGUCUCCUCAUAUUUAAUAACUGAUAAGAAUCAUAAAAUUAACCAAAGCAUUUCUCUUUCCCUUGCCCCUUUUCUUAGGCUUAAUUGUUUCUGCAGAAAGUGUUAUAACUCAAAGAAUCUGAGGUCUUAUGCUACAGGAAUGAUUCAAAGAAAUGUUGUAUGAUAGGUCUUGCAAUGCACCAGCUUGUUCACUUGGAGCAACUGAAUAUAAUGGAAAAUUAAUUUGUUUUUGCAGAAAUCUUGUUUGUUUUGUGAACAGAUGGUUCUCACCUAAUUUUGCCUUUUAGUGUAACUCUUGAUUUUAUUCCAUGCUUAACUGUAAUUUUCUGUUCUUUCUAAAUAAAAGUAAAUACCAAGU